AUGAACGGUCUGGUCUGUGCUGCGGGUCCCGGCGGCCAGUGGAGCGAGACGACUAAAGCGCUUGAAACGCUCAUCGAGCUCUGCAAGUGCUCUGCCUGCAACCAAAUCAUGAAGAAUGUGCAUUCAACAUUCACAUGCGAGCACUUUUUCUGCGAAGCAUGCAUCAAAGACGAAAUCAACGAUCAUUCCAAGUGCCCAGAAUGCCAAAGCCCCGCAUGGAUCAAGGACAUCCGCGCCAACCCUCAAAUUCAAGGAAUCGUGUCGUGCUGCGAAUCCCUUGUUUCGAUCUUUCGAAAGCGCGUGCCGACGUUGCCAGAUCUGACACGGGCGCUGUCGUCAAUGCAUGUCGCAGACAAUGGCCAACAGCAGCUGCCCACACUUUUGCCUACACCAGCCGCCAGUGAUUACCAACACGAGCAGGCGGACAUUGAAACCCAAAUGUCCGAGCCCGAGGCAGAGUCGCCGCCGCACGACACACGAGCCAAUGCUCGUGCUGCACCCAUCUUGCCAGCUGCCAUGUCGCUCCGUCGACAAAACGCACCAAUGAUUAUCUUUGACGAGACGACUCGCACAACCGACUCGGACGCGUCGUCUGAAACUCCUCGCCGCUCGGCUGCUGCCAGCAGGUUGGCGGGAGCAACCAACCAGUCGACGACUCCUGCCUCCUCGAAACGUCUAUUUUCCAAUCUGACCAACCAAGCGGAAGCCCAAACGACGAGCACCGCAAAGGGGAAGGAUUCUGCAAAAGACGCAACGUUGCACACCUCCAAGAGAGGCCGGCUCGAUUCGGACAGCGAUGUGAGCAGCUCCAACUCGCGACCAGCAAGUCCCGCGCCUCGUCACAGCAGUACGGAGGGCUGGAGCUGUGCAUCGUGUACACUGUCUAAUGCCGCCACUGCUGACGCCUGCACUCUUUGCGCUGCGCCGCGUCGAGCGAGCACGGCGCGUGCCAAAUCGGCAGUUGCCAACCGACAAAGCAGGCUCUUGCAAGGAGCCAUCUCCACUGCUCGUGGUGGCGGUCAUGCUGGUGCCACACACGAGCGCCCUUUGGCUACCAAGCCUGCAGCGGGCGCUUCUGCUGCCGCAACGUCCCGUCCCGAGCGAGCCAGAGCUUCGUCAACCAGGCCAACCGCGCCAGCGGCACCUGUCGCGAGCCAGACCGCAACACCCACAUCCCAGGUGUUCACUUCACCGUCGCUUGGACGAAAGACAAAGCGCAAUCCCAAGGGCGAAACCUCUCUGCAUGUGGCUGCAAAGAAGGGCGCCAUGGAUCGGCUGGCCGAGUUGCUUGAAGCCGGAGAGAAUCUGGACGACACGGACAACGCCGGCUGGACGCCUCUGCAUGAAGCAUGUACUCACGGGCAUGUUGAAGCGGUGCGCAUGCUGCUGCAAUACGGUGCCAAUGUCAACUUUCCCGGAUUCGAGAAACUCACGCCUCUGCAUGAAGUGCUGAACAGCGGAGACGUCAAUCUCGAGCUGGUUCGCGUUCUGCUCGAACAUGGUGCCAAUCCGGAUGCCGUUGAUAUGCGAAGCCAGACACCUCGACAAUUAGCUGCAGGAAACGAAGAAAUUCUUGCUCUGCUCAAUACCAAGCUGACACCAGCUGCACCCAAACAGCGAAGAGUCCCAGCCGCCGCUGCCGCCAACACCAACAGCUCGAGCAUGCUCGCAACUGCGCGUGCCAACCCGGGCCCGUUUGUCGUGUUGUCGACUGGCUUGCAAAAGGAGCAGCGCUCCGCUUUGGAGAAGCUUGUGACGCGGCUGGGUGGCAAGGUUGUGACGACGUUCGAUGCGACUGUCACACACGUUGUCACCGAGUCGGACGCAAACCGCGUCUGCCCACGCACGCUCAAGUAUGUGUGCGCAGUCUUGGCCGGGUUGUGGAUUGUGUCGUUUGACUGGAUUACCGAGUGCUCGCGACGUGGAGCGUGGGUUGCGGAAGAGGCGUUUGAAAUUCAAGGUGCUGCGCACGGUGCUGGCGCGCCAACCAAAGGCCGGCUCAAUCGUGAGGCUGGUCGACCUCGCCUGUUUGAGGGAUGCACGGUAUAUCUUGUCGGGGAGUUCAAGCCGCCGGCACUUUCGGUCUCUGACUUGGAGCUGCUUGUUCGGAUUGGCGGUGGCCAGGCCAAGAAGCAGGCGACUGCUCCAUCCACUCGCGACCACCCGGCGCAGCGUCAUGUGCAUGCCGCGGCUGGAGCUGAUGUGUACGACCGUUUUGUCAUUACCGAAAAGCCGACAUCCAAAGAUGGCGUGCAUCGACAGGUGUGCUUUGGCUCUGUGCCGUGGCUGCUCGAUUGUGUGACUCGGUUUGAAUUGUUUGAGCCCGUCCCCGUCUAGUAGAACACUUGCGAGACUUUCUUGUUUGUUGAGAGAUUGUUAAUACAAAACAUGGCGA